AUGCCUUCUCCCAUUGCUUUGAAUCCGCCUACCCCUUCUCCGUCCAUCUUCAAGGAGACAAAAUCACUUGACAAAUUGCCAUUAAUGUCGAGGGCAAUCUCGUACCUUUCUGCUGUUCAACAAGCGGACACCCGCGCUCGGAGUCACAGCAAUUCAUCUACAUCAUCAUCAUCUCCUACACGAUCCACCCCUUCCUCUGUCACAGCUUCAUUCGACGACACCAUGCUCGACGACGAGGAUGAUACGAACAACUGUCUCGUGAACCCGCUCACACCCCCCACUUCCGAAGUCUUCGCCACCGUUCACACAGAAUUUGGUCACUGCACAAAUGAGACCUAUCGUUGCGUCUCCAAGCAUGACUACACGAAACCUUUCCAGGAGCACCCAAUCGAGGAGCCUCCGUAUUACAUUCUCCUCACCACCUACAUAAGCUACCUCAUGGUCAUCUGUUUUGGUCAUGCGCGCGACUUCUUUGGAAAGCGUUUUUUCAAAUCUUAUUUCACCCACCUUAUGCCCCAUAACGGAUAUGCACCGUUGAAUUCGGAUUUUGAUUCCUUCUACACCCGCCGGCUCCAGCGUCGCGUGGACGAUUGUUGCUCCCAACCUAUUGCAGGUGUCCCUGGUCGCACCGUUCUAAUCCUCGACCGUUAUUCCACUGAUUUCAACCUUCAUCAAAUCUACACCGGUACCAAGACACGCGCUUUGAACAUCUCAUCGUAUAACUACCUCGGCUUCUCCCAGGCCCGAGGAGGCUGCUCAGACGCAGUCGGAGAAAGUAUCCAUCGUUAUGGCAUCUCCACCUGCGGCACGCGUCUUGAGAGUGGGAGCAGUGAGCUCCAUAUGCAUGCUGAAGCCCUCGUUGCACGUUUUCUGGGGACGGAAGACGCGUUGGUCAGUUCUGUAGGUUUUGCCACCAACUCCACCUUCAUCCCUGCAUUGGUGGGAAAGAAGUCCUUGAUCAUUUCCGACGAACUGAACCACACUAGUAUUCGCAUCGGUGCGCGCCAGAGUGGUGCGCAGAUCCGGAUGUUCAAGCACAAUGAUAUGUCAAGCCUUGAGUCCGUUCUGCGUGAGGCGAUCAGCCAGGGCCAGCCCAAGACGCAUCGUCCUUGGAAGAAAAUCUUGGUUAUCGUGGAGGGGUUGUACUCUAUGGAGGGCACACUCGUGGACCUGCUUAGGGUUGUUGAGCUGAAGCGGAAGUACAAGUUCUACCUUUUCAUCGAUGAGGCACAUUCAGUCGGUGCGGUCGGUCCCCAUGGACGUGGUGUGACGGACUACUUUAACAUCCAUCCUGGCUCAAUUGAUGUCUUGAUGGGCACGUUCACCAAGUCCUUUGGUGCUGCAGGCGGAUACAUCGCAGGGUCGAAAACCCUCAUAGAUAAUCUCCGGCUACACGGUCACUCAUGUCCGUAUGCAGAAGCAAUGGCGCCCCCGGUGCUUGCACAAAUUAUCGCGUCGAUCGCGAGCAUCAUGGGCGUUGCUCCAGCACCACAGCCGUCCAAAUCUCAAAAUUCUCUCAACCUUACUAGCUCAGCUAUUGCUCUGAAGGACAGUCCAAAUGAGCUCCAACGAAUGGCACCUGCAAGCAUGCUGCCGGCAUGGAUAAACCUUCUCCCAUCUCUCGCAGACGGAUCCGAAGCUCGGAUGCGUAUCCGCCGUCUUGCGUUCAACUGCCGUUAUCUGCACGCGGGCCUCAAGAAGCUCGGUUUCAUCAUUCCUGGUCAUCCAUUCAGCCCAAUUGUUCCUCUGCUCAUCUUUAACCCGGGCAAAUGUAUGAUGUUCGCACGUCUGAUGCGCUCACGGAGAAUACCGAUUGUUGUCGUUGUCGUAGGGUACCCUGCCACACCGUUGGAGAAGGGUCGUGCACGGUUCUGUGCUAGUGCAUCACAUACAAAGGAGGACAUUGAUAUGGUGCUACGUGCGUGCGAUGAGGUGGGUGAAAUUCUAGACCUGAAACAUGGUUCGGGCGAGCGGUGGGGGAUUGAUGAGGUUUGCGAGCGCGCAGUGGAACUUGUUCACUCUGCAGUGUGA